CAUCUACAGCAGACCUAUCGAAUCCAAGCGCGGAAUCUGCGCGACCGGGGCGCUCUGCGCAACAGAAUUUCCUCAUGCACUAGAUUAUGGCAGCUCUUUUCUUUUUUUUUCUUCUUUUUUUUUUCUAAUCUCAGGUGGAAUGUCAGGUACACGCAGCGAGUUUCUUGUUUCUUCCUCCACUUCUUCCCCUUCCUUCAUCUCUUGUCCGCAGUACACUCACCAUCUUGUAUUCUAUUCCUUCUCCGGGCCUACUCACAAUUUCAUGACAUUGAUGAUUCUAUCGAGCAGUUCACACAUCUCUUUCCGUUCAAUUUCCCCUGCAUGUACGAAUGGUAUGGACGUGCAGUGCAUACUAUACUUCACUUUUCACUUCCACCCAUGUAAUAUCGCUAUACUGUACAUUUACUGUACGUUAAGCGGCGCAGUCGCCGCACACCGGUUGAUGUAUGUAGUUGCAAUAGCUAGCAAUCAUCUUGCACUGGUAGCCAACAUGUUUCAGAAGCACAUACCUCUCGCUGUAUAAGCAGUCGGAUGGGUCCAGCCAGCGUGACCAGUGCAAUGUUUUCACCCAUAAGCUGGGUGCAGUAGCUAUUUCCGUUCAGGAGAACAUCCAGCAGAAGAAGAGACGUCUUCCUUAUGGACUUUCCGCCAAACGUGGCAAGCUCCCAGGCAUAAAUU